CUUGGCUCCGUGUCCGCCGAAGCAGUCGGGCCAGAUUGAUGGUCGUCAGCUCACGCGCUGCAUAUUGGGCAAUCAAUGCCCCGGACAUGGCGGCCGUGCAGGUGAAUGUGGUGUCGUGUCACCUGACUGCCUGGGAUGAGAGCGCCAGUGCAAUAUGGACAGAGGUGUAGUUGCUUGGUGUCACGGUCUUUGCGGAGUCGGAGUGGAGGCUGCCAAAACCCGACAACUCGCAAGACAAGACACAGUGAUACACUCUGCCUGGAGCUUGUAGAUUGCUCAAGACUAGCUCAUGCUCAAACGCUUCUUGCGGCCUGCGCCAGGGAAGCAGCAGACGCUCGUGACAGCCUGCCGGGUCACGACCAACUUGGUGCGCAUGAACCACGCCGUACGCUGUCCCUCUCGUCCUGCGCAAGAGCCAUCUACACGGCCUGCCGCGGCCAAAGUGCUCCCAGAGGCACAAAAAGAGUAUACAUCUCCUUAUGCAUCUAUACGGUCUGAUCUAGACUAUGACUACCAUACACCGCCGACGCCAGAACGCUGUCAAGUACAAGACGAGCUCAUACGAGCGACUCUGCAACGGCAUGCUGCAGCAACAGCCGCGUAUCCUGUCAAGCAACAUAAGCGCCCGCUUCUGCUCUUUACUGCUGGAGCCAUGGGCGCAGGCAAAUCUCACUUCCUAUCGACACUCCCUUUUAGUUAUGUCUUGAUUGACCCAGAUGAGCUCAUGAGUAAAUUGCCUCGGUACGCACGCCCAUGUGCGCCCGGUUCUACAUUCGGUCAAGGCUCAGCACUUUUGCAAGAACUGGAACAAUCCACUCGGCUACGGCACGAAGCGCGACUCAUCACAGAAGUGAUAUUGCUCGCUGCAAUGCAACAAGGUGCUGAUAUCGUCACUGAUGGUUCUUUGCGGUCUUAUACCUGGUACUUAGCACAAAUACCCAUGCUACGGCGACGCUUUCCGCAGUACCGCGUCGAGGUCGUUCACAUCCACUGUCCGCUGCAAGAAGUUCUCAAGCGAGCCCAGAAGCGGAGUCUACGAACAGGCAGAGAGGUACCGCCGGCGCUGAUUGAGCGAUCUUGGAAAGACUCUAGGCGAGCCAUCUCUGUGCUUGGUCGGCAGAAGCUGGUGGAUCGUGUGCGUAUGGUUGAUUCUACAGGACCAUUGCCACGCGUCGUCUAUGAUUCUCUCGAGGAUGAAGCCUGGCCGCUGCGAGGUGUACCUAAUGAAAUAUCAAGAGUCGAUGGCUUCGUCAAUUCUGCUGGCGUAGUCAUGGAGAAUGGUGAUGAUAGAUUACAGACCAAAGUCAAGGCAAAAUUGUAGGCGUAAUCUAUAUGCUAAACGGCACCCGAAGCAAAGUAGAGCUUCGAAAUGGCCGGUCCACUAAACUCUUCAAUCUGGCUGCAGUAAUUAUCAAUCUGCCCGGAAAUGAGCAGUGACUCGAGUCUGUUGGGCUCAUUCGCCACGACAACAGGUCCCUCGAUUGGCUUUUGUCCAACAAACACGCGCUGUGUAUUCUCUGCUUUGCGACGCGCAUGUUCGCGUGCCAUUUGUCGUGCAUGGUAUUGCAGCGCAUUCUGCUCAUAGUUGUAGUCGUCAAUGCCUUCGAGCAAAAAGUCAAUAUUCUUCUCAAGAUACGGGUCAACGGCCAAAUCGAGCGACGCAUAGCUGGGUGCACCAAAAGUUGUAUCUUCAGGGUUGUGCGAGAGCUUGUCGGCUUUUGAUGGGAUCGGUGUCAGCUCUGCGAGCAGGGCUGUUGCGAGGUGCGAGUUGCACA